UAAGGUGCUGUGGAGGCAAGUGAGGACAAAACAAAACCUAAUUGUUUUUUAUGCAUUUGUAGACCGCUCACGAAAACCCCAUGGCCUUUUUUGAUAAAUGUGCACUUUUGACCCUUACCUGGAAUGCAAACAUAUUUGUGUAACUAUAAGUAACCAGAUAUACAUGAGAUUAAAGUGAGAUUUAUUUAUGAAUAACAUUUACUAUAGUGGUUCUUGGACCUGGAACGUAAAAAAACUCCUCUGUGAGAAGCAAACACAUGGAUUUACUGAGAGAAAACUCUGAAACAGAGGAUUUAUUAAAGGGAGACGAGCCACAGCCUCAGUUGAAAGAAUUCCCAGUCGGACAAUAGAAUAGGAGAGAUGGAGGGAGGAGAAGAAGAAGAAGAAGAAGAGUGAAAGCACAGUGCUGAGUGUGGGGGUGAACAAACUGAGUGCCAACUGGAUGUGGAGGUUUCUGGCAAAGUCCAACGUCUGUGGCGUUUCUAAGGAAACAACAGCGCAACUAAGUUCGCAGAGCAGAAGCUGAAUUCACUGGAAGCUCGUCGCUGCAUGGAGAAGAUGAAACUACAAUCAGUGGAACGCAAAAACCAGGUAAAACUCACCAAGUGGGCACAGGCUAACCAACGGAGGAUCACAUGACCUCAUCUGUAACGAAGGGUACCGGAAGCAGUUCUGUUGCCAUGGUAACAGACUCAGUGGGAGCUGACAUGGAGCAGAGUGCCCGUUCAGUCCUCCGGUCUGACAGCUACCUGAGGAACAGGAUCAGACGGUUAGAGAGGUCAGAGAGGAGCCUGCUGCAGCAGCUGUCUCAGCUAGCCUCAUCCUCCCACCUUCCCAGCAUGCAACACUCACAGAGGCUGGACCAGAGACUCUACAUGCUCAGGGAGGAGGUCAGGACCAUGACCAAGGAGAAGGAGCAAGGGGAGCAGGUUUGGAGGGACCGACUGCAGCGCUGUCAGAGGCAGCUGAAGGCCAAAGAGGAUGAGAUGAGUCGCCAGUCCCAGUACUUUGAGAACUUUAAAGCCCAACUCCAACACAAGCUCAGCCUGGCCCGGGACAGAGAGCAGAGCCUACAGAACAGGAUCUAUGUCUUAGAAAAGCAGCUGCUGGACAUGACUGUGAGUGCCGCCACUGGCAUGGCAACCAUCGGUGCAGUCAGAAUUACUGCCGCGUCUGUAACACACAGGGAAGAACAAGAGAGGCUGCCUCCCAUGAGAGGAGAGGGGGAAGGAGAGGAAGAAAGAAAGGAGGAGAGGAGGAGGCAAUGGCAGCCAAGUGUGGGAACAGACAGAGAAGGUGGGCAAGACGCGGGGAAAGAAAUACAAGGGGGAAGAGUCAAAGACACGAACUCAAAUGAAGCCAGGCUGCAAGGCUUCAUCCUGAGCCUGCAGGAGGAUCUCAGGGUGCUCCUGGAGAGAGAGGAGGAUGGGGUGACAGAGCGGAGGGGGCUGAUGGAUCAGCUCCAGGAGGCCCAGGAGAGCAGCCACGUCCUGGGCUGCAAAGUGGAGGAGAUGAAGGCGGAGGUGCACCAAUUGAAGCUGUCUGAAAGCUCCUUGAUGGAGGAGAUGGAAGAGCUGAGAGAGGAGAACCACAGACUCCAGCAGAUCCUUACAGAUGCAGCCGCCAGUCAGUCAUCCACAUGCCCGAGUCCUGGGACCAACACUCUCUCAUACAUCACUGCCAUUGGACAUUCCUCAGCAGCGAGUCCUAGAGAGGCACAUCGAAUAUCGGAUGAGGGAACAGGCCAGCCUCAGUCAUCCGCAGUUCCACCUGUUCACCACCAGGCGACAGCAGAAAGUAUGCAGAACAACACACAGGAUCAUCCCUCAUCUGCCAAACUAGAAACUUCACCUGAAAUCUCUCACCACCUCGGCUCCAAGACCACUCCCUGUUUCCAGUCACUCUCCUUGACUACAGAGACACUAGAUGAGUUUAAGCUGGGGACCUGGUGCUCCAGAGGGAUCCUGAACCUGGAGGAAACUCCCAGUGCAGAAUCUGAUGCCCUGCGGGAAGCCUACAGGAGCCUGGGGUUAGGGGAGGAUCUCGAAGCACUUCAAGAACAAUGUGACCGCCUGCAGGUUGCCCUGGAGCGCACGCAGGAGCAGCUGCAGGUGAUGGCUCAAGAGAAUACUCGACUGAAAUCGCAGCUCAGGAAAGAGGAAGAGGCGGAGCAGGGGUCUUCAACAGAAAAGGAUGAUCUUGUCCAGGCCUUGAAUCAGGAGAACCGGGCCUUGGCGGACCGGAUCCAGGAGCUCCUGGCUCAUAUUGAGCUCAGAGAAGAGGAAACCAAGAGGGAGGAAACACAGCUGAGGGAACACAUGUCCAAGCUGGAGGUGGACAGAGUCAGACUGGAGCAGGAACACCAAGAACAAGAGUGUCUGAUUACAGAACUCAACAAGAAGACAGAGGACGAUCUCAAUACCAUCAUGGAGCUGCAACAAAGGUUAAUGGAGAGUGAGCAGCGUGUGGAGCAAUCGCAGGCUGACAAGGAACUGUGUGGAUCUCAACUGCAAAGUGAAUAUCCAGCUGCACCAUCAGGAGGUUUUCAACAAAACCUUGAAGAGUGUGUGAACAGUUUGGUGGACAGCGUGCUAAAAGGGGAAGACUCACAGUUGAUGUACAGCCAACAAGAAGACGAUUUGACAGAAGCCUCAGCACCUCAUUCUCAACAUAAUAAUCACAAUGAUGUGUUGCAGAACAGCCUGCAAAACAGUCAGCAUGUUAGUUCACUGACCGAUCAAGUUGGCCAGCUGACCAAGUCGGUCCAGAGCCUCAAAACAGAACAAGAGGAAUUGUCAGGCUGCAUAAAUACUCUCCGAGAGCAGCAGAGAGAAGUAGCUCUGUCAGUCCAAAUGCAGACAGAAGUGAAACAGCAGUUAACUCGGACAGUUUGGGGACUGAAGGAGGAGAAAGACAGCAUCUCCCAAUAUCUGGCUGGUCUCAAACAAGAGAGAGAGCAGCUUACCAGGACAGUCUGUGGGCUGAAGGAUGAGAGAGAUCAGAUUAUAAGGUCCGUGAGUGGCCUGAAAGAGGAGAAGGAGUCUUUAUCUGGUCUCCACAGAGAAAAAGAAAAACUGUUAGAAUUUCUCUCAAGUAGGAAAGAAGAGAGAGAUCAAAUCAUGCAGUCGCUACAAAGUUUACAGACAGAGAGUGAGCAGUUAAGCCAGGCGGUGCUCUAUUUGAAACAGGAGAGAGAUGAACUAACUGAUUCCCUUAAGUGUCUGAAGGAACGGAGAGAAGAGGAACAAUCAUCUUACACUUCACAAGAAGACAGCGAGAAGUUAGUAAAGGCAGUCAGCAGUUUGAGAGAAGAUAAAGAAAGAAUUGAACACUCAAUCAGUUGUUUGAAACAGGAAGAAAAGCAGAUAAAGUUAUCACUUCAGGGCCUUCAAGAGGAAAGACACAGCCUCCAAACUGCUCUGUCCAGCCACACACAAACAGAGGGGGGGACUCACAACAGCGCUGCUACCACAAAGAAGACUGAGAGUCAUGACCACAGGGAGAACUCUGUACAGGAGCAAAGGGAUCUGAUGAGGGAGAUUGAAGGUUUGGGAGCAGAACUGAAGAGGUCACGAGACGAUCUGGACAAGAGCCAUGUUGACACCAAAAGGCUGCACAGUGAGUUGUAUGAGUCAGAAGACAGGAGGGUGGAGGCAGAGAGGAAGGCAGCACAAGCGGCUGACCAGGUGGCAAGGUUGACAGAUGUCGCCAAUCAGAUGGAGGAAACCAGAAAGGAAAAUGAGAACCUCAUAACCCAGGUGAAGGAGCUGCAGAGCAAAUUGACAGGCCUGGUCAGGGAGAAGACUGACGCUCUGUCACUGAAGGCACAAAUAGAGGAGCAAUACAACAUCCUUACAGCUCAGCUCAAAGCAAAGACGGUGGCUCUAGAGGAGCUAAACUCGGAGUACAUUGCUCUAAAACGAGGGCAGGGCAGCAAGGAUGAUCUGAGCGCUGCUCUCGUGUCACUCAGGACACGUUACGACGACAUCAGAGCCAAGUAUGAUGCACUCCUAAAAAAGAGGAGCCAGAAGGAUCUGGAUAUAGCUCCUUUAAAGGCUAAGCUGUCUUGCCUGGUGGUGAAGUGUCAGGAGAGGAACAGCUUGUUGGUUCAGAUGAUGAAGGCCAUGCACAGACGAGGCUGUGUGGACUCCACACUGACACAGCAGGUUGAGCAGGUGCUCAGUGACGUUGCUCUGCAGGACUACACUGCAGCAUUCACGCCAGGCAGCAACGUGAAGACCCAAGAUCACACCACAGGGUUUACCACUGAAUUUAUUUCCAAAUUUCAAGACCACGCUGGUCGAUUCACACCUGAUCAGACCUGCAUGUUAUCGACUAUAUCCCCACCUGCAAAUCAGCAGCUCCAAAAUGGAUUCACACCUGCAUCUGGAGUAAAAUGUAGAGAGCUAAAAAGUGAAAAACAGUCAUCAUCAAUCAUCACUGAAUACACUACAAAUCUUCAAGAAGUCACACCUGCACUAACAGGAACACUAAAGAAAAAUGCCACGUCACCUGUGCCAACCUCACCAGUGCAAGAGCCUGACCGUGUCCAAGCGAUACCAUCACCUGUUGUUCCAGCCUCGAAAGAGACUUCAAUCACCAAUACAGCUCAGCUCUCUGCCUCUGCCAGUGGACCAGACAAAUUUAGAUUUCAUCACCCAGAUACGAAAGAGAAGUCCUCCCCUGAGCUGACCACUUCGACUAGAUCCUCACCGACUCCGACUCCUCCCUACUACGGCGCACGUGUCAGUCCAAGCAGGAGGAUGAGUAGUCCUGAGAAGAUCCUUAACCUACAUGAGCAACUGCAGAAGACUCUAAUGAGCAGCUUUCAGACUCCAGUGAGCAGAGGAAGAGGACAGCAGCCCAGGAAAUGUCUCUCAUUUUCAGCUCCUGCAGACCUGAGACCAGCCUGUCAGACAAAGCAGCAGAGCCUCAGUUCUAAUAUGCCCGAUACCAACUCUCUCCCACUCACUGCUGCUGCGAGCCAAGCUAAGCACACUCCGGCAAAUAAGUCCACAACACUUUAUAAUGCAGUCACCUCUCGAUCUGCUAAUGUUACAUUCAGUCCCAGCAUGUUUACUAACCAUCACUUUAACACAGACACAUUUAAAACUACCAUGUCUGCUGUCUCUGGGUCUUCUAACUCUGCUUCUGCCACUAUGGCACCUUGUGGCACUAAUAUAACAACAUCCCCCAAACUGGCACAGAAAAUCACUGCUAUCCCUGACACAUGUGAUGCUAAACACACAGCUUCUGCUCCUUUAGCUCUGAGGACCACAGUCUGUGACUCUGAUGUCUUAAUACGCUCCAACACUAAUCCAAAAACCACUGCCUCAGUCACAACUGCCCCCAGUAUAUCAACUGCCCCUGAGUCCAAACAUUUCAACAUGGUAUCGAAAACGAAUGGUGCUGCUGUUGCAUACCAUGAACCUGUGUUUGCUGCAUCCUGCUCUCCAUUUGCUCAUUGCUCUCCUGAGAGAUCCAACAAGUCUGCCAAAAAGUGCACUGCUGCUCUAGAGAAGACCAAGACAGGAAGACCCAAACCAGAAGCCCCAGCUGAGGUUCGCUCUGUUGAGGUCAUCAAGACAGUGGGCCAAAGCAGCCUCAUGAUCGGCUGGGAGAGGCCGCCACUCGACGAGCUGGGCUGCAGUAACGGCACAUUUCUCUAUGGAUACAGGGUGUUUGUAGGCGGGGACUUCCACAAAUCUGUCAUGAGCUCUGCGUGCACCAAGUGUAUUCUGGAGAAUGUUGAUCUCAGUGUCCCAGUGCACAUCAGUGUCCAAACGCUGGGCUCUAAUGGUCUCAGUUCAGACUUUGUCCACACCAUGUACAGGAUGUCAGUACCAACAGACCACCACUGACCCACAGGGUCCCGUCUACAUUUUUCCAGUGGUGGCAAAGGUCAACAUUGUCUCUGAAGGAUUGCUGCAACUUCUCAGUGGACACCUUUACUGCAAAGGGCCGAAGAUUAAACGUGCGCAGCCAUCUAUAGCUGCAGCCCUCUUAGGGGCCGUCCUAACCUCCACCUCUGCAGACAGCGAGGGAGACGCUGUUCCGCUGCUGGGAUACCAUCAGGCUCAGGUCAACCAAUCAGAAAAACUCGUCUCACGUUGUCUCACUUUACCAGCCUACGAACACGUAGUGACCCGUGGCCGGCCGCUAAACCUCAAACGAUUAACUGAUGUCAUACAAAAUAAUAUGAGAAUCGCUCGAGGAACUUUCAGAGUCCACUGGAUUCACGUUUUUGAAUGGAUGGAACAUUGUGACUGCCAGGGGAAAGGCCAGAGUGGCCGCCAAUCAAACUGAUAAAAAGUGUUACUUCACUAUAAACUUUACGAAGCCAAGAUAAAUCACACUGUCAAAAGCUGCCUGUUGGAGGGACGUCUGCACCUGCUGCACAUUUUAACACUGUGUUGAACACAGAGAGAGAUCACGUGUCAUACUGCUUCAUCAGAUCCCCACUGCUGCCUCUCUGGACUCUGUGACAAGAACAGCUGGCUAAAGGGACACUUACUGUAUCAAAAGCCUUUUUUUUUAACACAUAUACUGUAUAAUGUGCCGAUGCAACAUUGUACCCGCAGGUCAUCUUACUUGAUUUUUACACAUGAA